AUGCCAGAGGGAUCCACAGAAGAGCUCCACAGCAGCCAACCCUGUGAGAGCCAAGUGACUGAGCCUGCUGGGCUGCUGGCUCCCAGGAGCAGCAGGACACUGGUGACAGGAGGUGGAGGCUACCUGGGAUACAAUCUGGGAUGUGCCCUUGUUAGCUCUGGAAUUGCUGUUGUGCUGUUUGAUGUUCGGAAACCUAAAUGGGAAAUUCCAAGCGGAGCGGAUUUUUUCAAGGGUGAUGUGAGGGAUUAUGAAGCAGUGUUCAAAGCAUGUGAAGGGGUUGACUGUGUUUUCCAUGUAGCUGCAUGUGGAAUGUCGGGAUUGGAACAACUUCAAAAGAAAGAUCAGAUUGAAUCCAUAAAUGUUGGAGGCACAAAAAUAAUAAUUGAUGUCUGCAAACAAAGAAAUAUCCCUAGACUGAUAUAUACCAGUACAGUGAAUGUGGUGUUUGGAGGGAAUCCUAUUGAAGAAGGAGAUGAAGAAACCGUGCCAUAUUUUCCACUGGAAAAGCAAUUUAAUCAUUAUUCCAGAACCAAGGCAAUUGCAGACCAAAUGGUUCUUGCUGCUAAUGGAACUUUACUCAAAGGAGGGGACAAGCUCCACACGUGUGUGCUUCGCCCACCGGGCAUCUACGGACCAGAAGAGCAGCGGCACCUGCCUCGAGUAGCCAUAAAUAUCCAGCGGAGACUUUUUAACUUCAAGUUUGGGAAUCACAAAGUUCAGAUGAACUGGGUUCACAUAGGAAAUCUAGUGCAAGCUCAUUUACUGGCUGCUGAGGCUCUCACCUCUGAGAAGGGCUAUGUAGCUAGUGGUCAGGCUUAUUACAUCCACGAUGGUGAAAAUGUCAUCUUCUCUGAGUGGAUUGUGCCUCUGUUUGAAAAAUUAGGCUACAGGAAACCUUGGAUACAUAUUCCUGUUCUCCUGGCUCAUAUAGCAGCCACUGUGAUGGAAUAUCUGCACCUGAUACUAAAACCAGUUUUUAGCUUUACACCUUUCUUGACAAGGAAUGAGGUGUGGAAUGUCACCGUAACUCACACUUUCCGAAUAGACAAGGCACGAAAUCAACUUGGUUACAAACCAAAGAAAUUCUCAUUUGCUGAUUCUGUGGAUCAUUAUCUAAAAACAAGACCUACCUGCCAUGAAGAUCACACUUUCCUUAAAAUGGUGUUUGUUUUUGGCAUUUUGCUAAGUUUGAUAAUUCUUUCUUUCUUCUAAAAUCAAAUAACCUCUUACUGUUCCAGAAAACCUCAUUUUGUUUCCGAGUAUUAACUGUCUGGUCAUAGUACAUUCCUCAUUCUUCAGCCACUCUGGACUUUGCGAUUCAUAUGACCGUGAUGGCACCUGUCUGACCUCAUUAAGAAGGAAAAAAUAACCUAAACAAAAAACAACUAGACUAGUGAAAACACAGGAUGUAUCAGGAAAUGUUCACCAAGAGCAACACAGUGUUGCAGCAAAGGAGUUCAUCACAGAUGGGUGCAGGAACAGUUUUAAUGGAUCUUCAUUAAGUGGUUGUUUCAUGCUGGGAAGCAUGAUAAUUCAGGAGGGUGAGAAGGUGGAAGUAGAGGAACUGUCACAGGACAACAGUGCUCUAAUAAGUCCAGUAGCUCCAAUGAAGAAAAGGGUGCCUAAACUCUUCUGAU